AUGUCAACAGUCUAUCUAGAGAUAAAGCGCCUUACUUUAAAUGGGGAUGUCAAUCGAGCAAAUCAGGUAGAGCAAGCCCUAGCUGUCUUUGAUACUGAUGAAGACAAAUGCAAUUACUUGAGAACUUAUUUGGACUUUUUGAAGCCUGAUAUCUCCAACAAGCGAAGAAGAAUUGGUGAUAGCAAUGAAGAACUGGGGGCUUGGAACGCUUUGAAGAGUGGAACAAAAGAAAACCAGUUUCUUCGGUUGUCUAAAGAGGCCUCCUAUAUUUUAGGUGAUGAUGAUAAAGGUUCCAAUCCACCUGCUCUGUUCAUCCGUGAUUGCUAUAUUCACCUUUCAGAGAUUAUUCUUGAGGAUGACAAUAUCCGCCGUUUGCGUAUUACUGGCAAUCCGGGAAUUGGAAAGACCUUCUUUGGUUAUUACCUACUUCAUCUGCUUGCAAUGCGAAAUAAGACAGUUAUAUAUCACAAAUGUAACAAAACACCAAUUCUUUUCAGUGAAGAAGCUGUUUAUCAUAUUUACCAAGAUAAUAUUUAUGAAUUCAAUGAUUUUCUGAUGAAAAGAGAUGUAUGGUAUAUUGUGGAUGGCCGAGAACCAUCAGAUAUUCAUGCAAAGACAAUUCUUAUCUGUUCACCCCAGAAGCAUUACUAUCACAAAUUCGACAAGCUUGGUACAAUUAUUCGGUAUAUGCCAGUGUGGUCAUAUGUAGAAAUCAAGAAAUGCAAAGAUAAACUUUUUCCUGAUCUUAAUCAAGAAUUGGUUCAAAGCUUAUACAAUAAAUGGGGCGGGAUUCCUCGUUAUACAUUGUAUUAUGCGCUUAAUGAUAGUCAACAAGAUCUUCUCCAAAUGGCAAUUAGCACUGUUAAUCAAAGAAUAUUGAACUUUGUUGGUGAAACCACAGAUGAUGAUGAUACCAGACACAGAAUUGUACAUAUCUCUACAAAUGUACCACAAGCAGGGGAAUAUAAAGGUAAAGGUAGUGCAGUAAUUAAACCGGAAAUGGGAAAAGAUAGACCUUUUUAUACAAUGUCAAUCCUAGAGUUUGCAUCUGAUUAUGUUUCCGAGAAGGUAGUAGGUAGACUCACAACUCAUUAUAGAAAUCAGUUGCUGAAUUUUGUAGAAAGUAGUUCGUUAAUAAAUGAAUACAGUACACUCCGCGGUGCAAUAUUUGAGCAGAUCGCUCAUCAGAAAUUGCUAAGUGGAAAAUCUUUUAGGACUCGUCCUUUAUUUGAACAAACUUCUUCCUUUGGGAAUGGUAAUUCCAGAUUUAGAUUGCCUGCAAGAGACAAAUUAUUAUUCAACAACAUUAAAGAGAUUGCACCUAACAAGUACUGUAUACCAACUCAAAAAAAUUUUGCAUCAGUUGAUGCAAUUAUUCACCCCAACAUAUUUUUUUCAAAUGACGAUUGCCAAGAAUCAUCCUAUCAACAUAAAUCGCUUGCGAAAACUUAUUAA